GUUCGCGCGCACAUCCACCAGCUGAAAUCAUCACUGCAGCACUCGACCGCCAUUCUCGGCCGCGCAAUGCCGCUGUGCUGCGUAGAGUGCAAGCCAUGCAAGGGGCACUGCCUGCCGGGGCUCUUCAAGAGCCGGCGCCCCGCGCAGCAGCUCCGCCGCGCGUUCGGGAAGAUGAAGGUAGGCGUCGGCGGCACCCGGAGGCGCCGCCGCGCCGGCAGUUUCAGCUCCGUCCGCGCGGUCUUCUGGCCGCUCAUGUCCAUGCGCUCCGAGGCCGACGCCCGCAACGACGCCGCCGCCGAGUCCCGCCCGCCGGCAAGCGCCUCCACCGACGGCAGCGUCGUCAGCGUGGGGGCGCGCGCCCCGUCGCCGUCGCUCGACAACGACACGCCGGGCGCCACGGCGUCGACGACCGCCGCGAGGGUGCUCGCGCUGCAGGCCCGGCUCGACGCGGCGCCGCCGAAGCUGGCCCUGACGCCGGCGGCUGCCAAGGUGAGCAGCAUCGGCGUGGCGGCGCGUGAGGAGGCCAGGGCCAUCGUCCGCCACGGCGAGGAGGCCGCCGACGUGGAGGCGGCGUGCCGGAGCUUCGAGAGGCACCUGGUGGAGAUGCUGGUGGAGGAGCGGAAGGUGAUGGACCUGACGGACGUGGAGGAGCUGCUGUGCUGCUGGGAGAAGCUGCGAUGCCCGGCGUUCGUGAAGCUGGUGGGCCGAUUCUACGGCGAGCUCUGCAUGGACCUCUUCACGGCCCGAGACGCCAACGUGUCAUCUGAGGCAGCAGAGGCUUUGACCUUGACCGCUUGCGCAGUCGACCCAUGACAGGUGGGCCCGGCAUGUUGGGACGGCGCAUGCUUUGCCAUUGCUUGCUGCUUGGUGACAUGGCUCUAGAUCGCAGGCGUGCUGAUGCAGUACACAUUCAGAAUUCCCCGCGUCUGUUGGUGCGAGCUUGUGUGUUAUGUUUCGUCUAGUAUGCAAAAAAAAAUCUGAUUGUUUUU